AUGUCUGGCAUGGCAAGGUUCCUUCCCAGCGGCGUUAAGCUCUUGUCCAAGUCCGGCGACGUCGCCCUGAGCUCUCUCGCCGGAAAGACAGUAUUUUUUUACUUUUCCGCCUCGUGGUGCCCGCCAUGCCGCGGCUUCACGCCGGUACUUCUUGAGUUCUAUGAUAAGUACCAUGCGUCGAAGAACUUUGAAGUCAUCCUUGUCUCAUGGGACGAGGAAGAAGACGGCUUCGCGACUUACUUCGCGAAGAUGCCGUGGCUUUCGCUGCCGUUCGCCAACCGCGCAGAGGCAGAGGAACUCGGCAGGAAGUUCGGCGUGGAGUCCAUUCCGACGCUCAUCGCCGUCAACGCCGACACCGGCGCGUUGAUCGGCACGAAGGCGCGCGAACGGAUCUUGCGCGACCCGGAGGGCACCAACUUCCCGUGGGCCGACUGA